AUGCUUAUACGCGGAAAUAGCGUCACUCAGGUCCUGAAGAUUAGGCCGGUCCGCGCUAAAAAUUUUCGCAAAUCGAUAGUGUGGACCGAAGUAGAUCCACUAGUACUCUCGCGUCGUGAAGAAUUUGAGGGCACGUCGCGCGUUGAGGCGCCAACGGCCAGCGGCGCGUCUCUCGUCUCGGUGUCGCAACCCGUCCAGAAUCCAAACGAAGCCGGCGCGCUCAGCGGCCGACAUGGCCGCGCCGGGGCGAUGACUCACGCCGGAGAAAGUGGUCCGCCGCGAUCUUACAUUAGACCGCCAUCACAUAUGUCGGGCGGCCGAGCUUGGCGAAGGCGCUCAAGA